AUGGCUACCGAGCCGGUGGCCGCCUCGCCUUCAGUACCGUCGCUCGUGGACCGCUACUUCACUCGCUGGUACAAGGCGGAUGUCAAAGGGAAACCCUGUGAAGACCACUGUAUACUACAGCACUCUAACAGAAUAUGUGUCAUCACACUGGCAGGAUCUCAUCCAGUUCUUCAACGUGGAAAAACGAUUGAAAGCAUUUCCUAUCAGAUUAGUACCAACUGUAGCAGACUUCAGAACAAGGUCUCUGGGAAAUUUAAACGGGGAGCACAGUUUCUAACAGAACUUGCACCUUUGUGUAAAAUUUAUUGUUCAGAUGGAGAUGAAUACACCAUAUCUAGCUGUGUUAGAGGACGGUUGAUGGAAGUAAACGAAAACAUUCUCCAUAAGCCAUCCAUUCUUCAAGAGAAGCCAUCUACUGAAGGCUACAUUGCAGUUGUGUUACCCAAAUUUGAAGAAAGUAAAAGCAUAACAGAAGGGUUACUGACAGAACAACAAUAUGAAGAAGUGGUGGUGAAACGUAUUAACACGACAACAUUACAUCCUGAAAACUGA